AUGAACAACUUGAUUCAUUACUAUGGACACAUCGCCAUGGAUCGCAUCAACUCGUACUUGCGAAGAGGGACAGAUCAGGUAAAUGACAGCGCAAGCAAUAAUGAAAGAAAUCGCAGCGUCGCUACCAUUGACCAGGCCACACAAACUGAAAGUUCUCCAGUAGAACUCAUCAAUGCCAACCACAAUAUCGUCCCAGUUCACGUCGCCCCUAGAACGUUUCUACAAUUCCGGAGUUUUCCACUAGAAGUUAGGUUGAAGAUUUGGAGAUAUGCUGCUUUGCAGCCGCGCAUUAUCCUCGUCAGUCCAUGCGGCACAACUAUUCAAGGAAGCAAUUAUCUUCGUACCAGUUGGCAGCAGUGCCCUUUAACUAUGGCAUGCCGAGAGUCGCGCGAGGUAGUGUUAUCAAUUAAGAAACCUGUGAAACUAUUGAGACCAAAGCCUGAUUCAGCGGGAACUAUGCAUCAUCAAUAUUAUUACGCCUGGAACGGAUUAGUAUACUCAAUCAUAUAUACUAAUCCUGAUAUCGACGUGAUCUGGCUACAGCCAUCAGAUACACCCUUGGGUAUUGCCACUAUUGCCUACGUUGCCCUUAGUAUAUUCCCUGGGGUUAAACGUCUCAUAGUAUCAGGAGAGGGAAAUUUCCCCCGCACCCAUGCACGACUGUUGGGGUCGGUAUUGCCCGAUUUGAACAGGCCUAGCAGGUUAAUGAUUCAUUCGUUGGCUUUGGGCCACAAUCUACGAGAGAUUUAUUGUCUUCUGGAAGAUGAGGGUUUCUCCAUUGAUGCUUACACUCGUGAUGAGAGAUGGUUAGGGUUGCCAAGAUCCUUGAAGGAAAUUGACGAAGGUCACGAAAGUUGCUUCAAGUUUUCUCGGUCUCUCAUGCUUGAUGCCACAAAAACGAAUUUGAUGCGAAUUAGGGAUACAGGUAACGUUAAUUAUUCCCAAUUAUUGCCUUGA